UUUAAAGUUUGUUGGAAAGUAGCCAUGAAGUAACUACUGUUAACACUGGAGUUUAAUACUGGGAGCCGGCUUUAAAUACUGGGACCAACGAAUCUAUAUAAACAAGUGUUCGUCGUAGAAGAUGGGAAGUGAUCAAAAAAAACUUAAAAUGUCGGUCUUACAACAGCUAAAAAAAGUUACCACGAUUGUAGCAGACACUGGUGAUUUUGAAGCGAUUAACGUCUACAAGCCCACCGAUGCCACGACCAAUCCAUCGCUUAUCCUGUCAGCCUCCUCCAUGGAGCGCUAUCAGGGAUUAGUAAAGAAAGCCGUCGAUUAUGGAAAAUCUAAGCAAGGAUCUGUGGAAAACCAAGUAGCGGAAGCCAUGGAUUACUUGUGUGUGUUGUUUGGAACUGAAAUUUUGAAAGUUGUCCCUGGCAGAGUUUCGACCGAAAUAGACGCCCGCCUUUCAUUCGACACCAAGAAAAGCGUGCAAAAGGCCCUCAAGUUGAUUGACUUGUACAAGACGUUGGGCAUUAGCAAGGACCGCAUUUUAAUUAAACUGGCCUCGACAUGGGAAGGCAUUAAAGCUGCGGAAAUUUUGGAGAAUGAACACGGAGUUCAUUGCAAUCUGACACUUCUGUUCUCUUUCGCCCAGGCAGUAGCCUGCGCCGAAGCCGGCGUCACACUAAUAUCCCCAUUUGUUGGCAGAAUUUUGGAUUGGUAUGUGGCCAAUACGGAAACGAAAAAAUUCGAGGCUUUGCAAGAUCCCGGCGUAAUUUCUGUUACAAAAAUUUAUAAUUAUUACAAAAAGUUCGGCUACAAAACUCUAGUUAUGGGUGCCUCAUUCCGUAAUGUGGGUGAAAUUAAAGCAUUGGCUGGAUGCGACUUGCUUACGAUAAGCCCAGCAUUGCUAAAGGAAUUGGAGAACGAAAGUGAGACGGUUACAACAUAUCUGUCGGAGAGCAAUGCUAAAUUGCAGGACAUUGAAAAGAUCUCUGUCGAUGAAAGUAAAUUCCGUUGGUUGCUUAAUGAGGAUACAAUGGCAACUGAUAAAUUAUCAGAAGGCAUUCGAAAGUUUGCGGUAGAUACUGUGAAAUUAGAGAAUUUAAUUAAAACUUUCAUUAAGUAAAAAGAUCCCUAAGUACACAUUUAAUCAAUGUAGGGAAGGAAUUUUUUUUGGUGUAAGUUUUUCUGUGACGUAAAUUUGUAAUGAGUAUAUAAUUUUUUAUUUUUGAAUAAAGAAGCCAUAAAUUACA